AUGACCAAGAACGCCGAUAACGGUCAAUUUGACCGUUACGGUAUAUCAAAAGUACCAGAUUUUAGCGAUCCAAGAAAGGGAUGGGGUGCAAGAGGACCGAAAACAAUUUUUAGUCAAUUGAUGGUAUUACGUCAUGCAUCAGAAAAAUUUCGUCUUGCCUACGAUUUACCAUUGGAAAAAUAUGAAUUAUUCGAUCCUACCGAACAAUUUGAAAAAAUUACAACAUCGAUGAUCAAACAUGAAAGUUAUAAUUCAACAAUAUUAGCUAAAAAUGAUAUGUGGAAGGAUAAAGAUUAUAAUCUUGUUAGUGAAAUGUUUUAUGAAGAACAUGCUGAUGAAUCUGGUGAGACACCAGAUUAUUCGGACACAUCAUUGUACACGUGGAAUAAAGAGCGACAUUAUGGAGUGUACGAUCGAAUCAUCAAAUAUGUUGAUGAUAAAACUGUCAAUAUUACGGUAGAUGAAUUAGUUAGAAAUUUGCCACAAUUUGAAACUCGUUUACCAUUUGAUCUAUUAAAAUCGUAUGUAUUUUUACUCGAUGAACAAUAUCGUGGUCAAAUAGGUCGUGAUGGAAUGAUUGAAUUUUUUAUGGAACGAGUGAAUUCUGAUGAUGAUAUUUUAACAUUACCCAUUUUAUAUUCAAUUUGUUCAUGGGAAGAACGCUUUAAAAAAUUAUUAAAUUUAGACAAUGUUAAAAGUCUUAGUUUAGCAAGAUUAGUGGCAUUGUAUAAUAACAAAACAAAUUGUCAUAGUUUAACCUUGGAUGAUAUUCAACGUUUUCGUCAAAUAUUAACAACAUGUGUACCCUAUUAUAUAAAUGGUUAUAUGGAAUUUUUAAGUGAUAAUUUUUUAAAUCGAGUGGCAACAAAACGAGAUGAAGGCAUUACACAUCAAGAACAAACAAAAUCAUUGUAUGCAGCUCUGAGACAUACAUGUUUCUAUCGAAAUUAUACACGAUUUAUAUUCGAUCAUUUUGUCGAUAGAGAUUGGAUUAGAAAUUUAUACGACGAUUAUAAUAAGACAACUGAUAAAUAUCCAAAAGUGGCAUCAACAAUGAUUUAUAUUACAAAUUAUCAAUCAAAAUUAGAAAAUCAAAGUGUCCACGAUAAAAUGUGUAUGAAACGUUUAUAUUUUGAUCGAACAUAUUGUUUAAAUCGAGGAUGUUUAAAAGAUUAUGUUAAUAAUGCUCUUGUGAGUUCAUGUAAUAAAUGGAAUUAUGCUACAAGAAAAACAAUGCCAAUUAAUUGUAAACAGUAUUGUGAAUGUGCAUUUCAUUGUGAAAAUCAAACAAAAGAAUUUGUAACUAUGGAACCGAUAUACAAAUCAAAGGAACUUAUUGUAUUAUUUGAGCAACAUUUUGCUGGCAAACGACAAAUGCCAUCGUACCGAGAUGAACAUGUAAAAUUAGUUGCACUUAAUUUUGCCAAUGUUCGAGAACGAGCAGCUAUGUCAAGAAUAAGUGAAGAUAUGUUGUUGGUAUUGAUUGCAAUGGCAUUAAUUAUGGCAAUAACAAUAUUGUAUUUGAGAAGUGUAUCUAUUGCAUUGAUCAUUAUCAUAUCAUGUGCAAUGUCAAUUGGAGUAUCCUAUUUUAUCUAUUCUGUUAUCUAUCGUAUUCCAAUAUUUCCAUUUAUGAAUCUCAUGAGCGCAUUUAUUCUAAUUGGUAUAGGAUGUGAUGAUAUAUUUGUAUUUUUCGAUACAUGGGAACAAGAAAAGCGUGAAUGGUUACGUCGAAAAGAAGAUGAAAAUAAAAAUGCUCAAAUAAUACCAUUAACAAUAGAAAAUAAAAAUGGUUCAAUUAUUGACACUGUUCUUGAUAAUAAAUUUAAACUAAGAAAAUCUUAUUCUCAUCGAUUAAGUGAUAAUCAUCAUCCAGAAGAAACAAGACAAAUGUUAUUGAAUUCCGAAGCGUUAAUAGAAAUUAUGAGUAAAACGUUGAAACAUGCUGCAAGUUCAAUGUUUGUUACCAGUUUUACAACGUCAGCCGCAUUUUUCACUAAUAUGUUAACAAAUAUAUCAUUUGUACAAGUAUUUGGUGUAUUUACUGGUACAUGUAUAUUACUCUAUUUUAUUAUUACUAUUACAGCAAUAGCCGCUUUUUGUAUUAUAUACGAAUUGUAUAUUCAAGAUAUAAUAUCAAAAUUAUCAAAAUGUUUUUCAUCUCGUAGUACGGCACAUAUAACUGUUAAUCCAAGUACAAAUUCAACAACAAAACUAUUUAAACGAAUAUCAUUAUCUUUCAAUCAAUUUCGAACAUAUUUAUUUUGUUAUUCACUUCCAAAAAUUAUUAUUGCCCUUCGUUAUAUACUUGUACUGUUAUUUUUACCCAUGGGUAUUCUAGGUAUUAUAGGCGUUUUUCAUUAUCCAAAAUUAAAAGUACCAUCAACACAAAAAGUAACCUUUUUUCUAAAAGAUAAUCCAAUGGAAAUUUAUGAAUUUCAAAUGAAAAAAAUAUUUGAAGGACAUAGUAAAGAGGAAAAACGUUUAUUUGCUUAUCCAUCAAUUAGUUUUAUAUUUGGAAUUGUUGAUCGUGAUGAUGGUUAUAGAUUUGAUAUGAAUGACCGAGGAAAAUUACAUUUAAAACCGUUAUAUUUAAAUCAUAAUAAUACAUUGGAAUUUUUUAAAAAUUUUACCGCUAUAUUAGGUACAAGAACAGAUUUAUUUAGUUCAAACUAUGAUUUAGAACAAGAUUUUAAACAAUUUUUAUCAUUGGCUAGCGAUGAAAUACUCAUUACCAAAGCUGCCGAUGAUAAAGCAAAAUUGAACAUGUCAUCAACUACCUAUGAACAAAUGAUCAAAUUUUUAGCACAGUCUGACAUAAAUAUUAUUCGAGUAUUAGUAAAUAAAACGAUUCGUGGUAUUAAUUAUCAAUUUAAAGAUGAUUUUUCGGAUGAUGAAGAUUAUAUUAAUAUUGAAAAUGAUACAAUCGAUAAAAAUGUUGUUAUACAAAGUAUAAAUGAAUUAAUUAAUAAAAAUAUAAUUAAUUAUAGACGAUAUCGUAAAAAUUUCAAUAAAACAUUACAAGAACAUUACAAAGAUCAAUUAAAAUCAAUGUAUAAUCAAGAUCAAUUAAAAAAUAGUUUAACAAAAUCAUAUCGUGAUCAAGAAGUUGAAGAACAUCAAAAUAAUGCAUUAAAAACAGCAUUUUCCUGUUUAUCAGGUGAAGCCGGUUUAAAUAAUGUUCCACCAGAGUUUUGUGAAAGACAAAUAAAUUAUCGACGAUCAAUUAAUUGGGCUGUUUUACCAGAAAAAUUAGAAAAUAAUAAUAUUCGACCAUUUGCUGUUAUAAUAACUAUACGUGGUAAUUUGAAUCAAACUGAUUAUGAUUCAUACAAUGAUUAUUAUUUUCGAAUUAAAAAUUUUUUUGAUCCAUAUAUAAAAAAUUAUGCACCCGAACAUUUGAAACAUGCUUGGUUUUCUAGUCCUGGUUUCGCAUUUUAUGGCGUACAACGAGAACUCUUAGUAGGUUCUUAUUCAUCGUUGGUGGCCUCCUUAGGAAUAGCAUUAUUAGUAUUAUUUUUAACAAGUGGAAAUUUAUUUAUCGCUUUUUAUGCAUUAGUAACUAUCACAUUUGCUAUUGCUGUUAGUAUUGCCAUGUUUGCUGCAUUUGGUUGGGAAUUAGGAAUUAUUGAAGCGAUUAUUGUCAUCAUGUCUGUUGGACUAUCCGUAGAUUUUACAGUACAUUUUGGUGUCGCUUAUAUACAUACAAACGGAAAAGAUAUUCGCUAUGUAAGACAAAUUGCAGCAAAAAAUUAUGCACAUAAAACGUUAAAGAAUGCUCUUUCGACAAAUGAUAAUGAUAAGACUGACAAUUGUUUCGAAAUGGAACCUGAACAUUUAUCAACAGAAGAAUUUCCAUUUACUUAUCGACAAUUACUUAAUGAACAUCAAGCUGAACGUGAAAUGAGAGUUCAAGAAUCUGUUGCACGUGUUGGUAGUGCUGUGUUCAUGGCUGCUUUCACAACGUUCGCCGCUGGUUUUAGCAUGACAUUAUCUAGUCUAUCAUCAUUUAGACAAAUGGGUCAAUUUUUAAUGACAAUCAUGUUAACGAGUUAUGUAUUUGCAACAUUUUUCUUUCUACCGUUAUGUGCUAUUAUGGGCCCCGUUGGCAAUUGUGGAUCUAUACCAUUUAGUACAAUAUGUUCAUUUUUUAAAGAUUGUUGGUGUCGUCGUCGUUCUUCACAAUCACUUCCACGCGUGUGUGUGUGA